AUGGCUUUAAGUGAUAUUACACCAAGAAAAGUCAAUUUAUGGAUUAAAAAUAUGGAAAGCAUAGUACACCUUACUAAAACAUUAAGUGAAAAACUUAAUGAUGAUUUUUUGUCAGUGGAAUGGGUUAUACAUAGAAUAAAUAGAAUGAAUGGAAAAAUUGAAAAUAUUACAGAAAAAGAAGAAUCUUUAAUUAGGAAGUACCUUUCUUAUCAAGUUUCAUCAAUGCUUAUUCAGGCAAUCAGUGCAAUUAUAUUUAGAAAUCCGAAUAAAAUAUAUGAAAUUUGGAAACAAUUUACAAAAAAAUCAUGUUUGGUGACCUAUCAACACAAAUUAAAACUAUCAACAGGAUUACCAAUUGAAACACCAAUAAAAGAAUUUGGUGAUAAGUUUGUUGCCGAAAAUUUGUUUAAUAUAAAAGUUAUAGAACCUGAUACAACAUAUAAUUAUGGAUGCUCUUGUGAAGAUAAUUGCAAAAAUAAUUGUGCUUGUAUUGAUGACCAUAUGGAAGGAUGGGGAGUUCAAACACUUGAAAAUAUUAAAAGAGGAGGAUUUGUUACAGAACAUAUGGGAGAAGUGAUUGAUUCAAAAACAGCAUUAACAAGAACAAUUUGCUACAACAAAUUACAUAUAAUGCCAUUUUUUGAUCUUGAUUAUGGUUUUACAUUCGUUGUUGAAAAUCGAGACUUAAAAAGCCAAAGGAUUGCAUUUUUUGCAGUACGUGAUAUAGACAAAAUGGAGGAACUAACAAUAGAUUACAAGAUGAAAGGUGAAUUGAUAUUAUCGAUGAAUGAUAGUGAUUCAGCUUUACUAGAAUGCGAAUGGGAAUAUUCAAUAGCAAAUUGUAAUUACGAUACAGUACUUAAAAACCUUUACAUAUUAUCAAAUAUAUUAUUUCUAAGCGUUGCAAUUGGUGGAAUAAUAUUAUUAUUUAUAAGAUUAGUAGUUAGGAAUAGUCAUCUAUGGGAUAAGAACAGUGGAUUUUUUUUGCCUUUAGAAGGCUAUUUAUUAGGAAUUUCAAUAUUUAGUGGAGUACGUGCAUUUGCAAAUUUUGUACAGCAAUUUAAUUUAUUUGCUUCAAGUCCAAUCGCCAGAGAAUUAAUUUAUGAUUUCAGCUGGAUUCCUGCGGACCUAACGGUUGCAACUUAUCUUGCCGGAAUCUUUAGAGCACUGUUAAAAAUGUAUCUUCACAAUUUUACUUCGCAUCAACAACCAACAAAAGGUGUCUACUUAUUACCAGAAUCACAUAUCAACAAAAUUUAUUGGACAUUUUUUAUAAUUCAUUUUAUAUAUUCACCAUCAUUAGCUAUAAUAUCCGGAAUCACUUGUAAUAUUAGCAGAUUCCUAAAUCAUUCAUGUAAUCCCAAUCUAAUCACCAUACCAUUCGUUGUUGAAAAUCGAGACUUAAAAAGCCAAAGGAUUGCAUUUUUUGCAGUACGUGAUAUAGACAAAAUGGAGGAACUAACAAUAGAUUACAAGAUGAAAGGUGAAUUGAUAUUAUCGAUGAAUGAUAGUGAUUCAGCUUUACUAGAAUGCGAAUGGGAAUAUUCAAUAGCAAAUUGUAAUUACGAUACAGUACUUAAAAACCUUUACAUAUUAUCAAAUAUAUUAUUUCUAAGCGUUGCAAUUGGUGGAAUAAUAUUAUUAUUUAUAAGAUUAGUAGUUAGGAAUAGUCAUCUAUGGGAUAAGAACAGUGGAUUUUUUUUGCCUUUAGAAGGCUAUUUAUUAGGAAUUUCAAUAUUUAGUGGAGUACGUGCAUUUGCAAAUUUUGUACAGCAAUUUAAUUUAUUUGCUUCAAGUCCAAUCGCCAGAGAAUUAAUUUAUGAUUUCAGCUGGAUUCCUGCGGACCUAACGGUUGCAACUUAUCUUGCCGGAAUCUUUAGAGCACUGUUAAAAAUGUAUCUUCACAAUUUUACUUCGCAUCAACAACCAACAAAAGCUAUAAUAUCCGGAAUCACUAGACAAAAUAAUGAUAAAGAAUUAUUAAAUAUUAUAUUUGGGUUACAUUGGUCAGGCUUUGGUAUAGUCCAAUUAUUAUUCGCAGCAUCAGCUGCUUAUUAUGGGUUUAAAUUAGUUCAAUUGACAAAAGCUUCUUCAUUAGUAGGCAUAUUACAAGCUGAAAUUUAUCCUAGAUCUUAUAAAUUUAUGGAUAUAAACUCAGUUCAAGUUUAA